UGGACGGAACAUGUGGGUUUGCGGGGCGCUCUGCAGGGCUCGAGCCCCGGCCCAGCUGGGGCAGAGGCUGCUCCCAGAGCCCCGCCGGCGACGGCCUGCCUCCGCCUCCUUCUCUGCCUCUGCCGAGCCUUCCCGGGUCCGGGCGCUGGUCUAUGGACACCACGGGGACCCAGCCAAGGUCGUCGAACUGAAGAACCUGGAGCUGGCUGCUGUGGGCGGAUCAGACGUCCAUGUGAAGAUGCUGGCGGCCCCUAUCAAUCCAUCUGACAUAAAUAUGAUCCAAGGAAACUACGGCCUCCUUCCCCAGCUGCCUGCUGUUGGAGGGAACGAAGGCGUUGGACAGGUCGUAGCCGUGGGCAGCAGUGUGACCGGGGUGAAGCCAGGAGACUGGGUGAUCCCAGCGAAUCCUGGUUUGGGAACCUGGCGGACCGAGGCUGUGUUCAGUGAGGAAGAGCUCAUCACAGUCCCAAGUGACAUCCCUCUUCAGUGCGCCGCCACCCUGGGCGUCAACCCCUGCACAGCCUACCGGAUGCUGGUGGACUUUGAGCGGCUGCAGCCAGGGGAUUCCGUCAUCCAGAAUGCAUCCAACAGUGGAGUGGGGCAAGCGGUCAUCCAGAUCGCGGCCGCCCUGGGCCUGAGGACCAUCAACGUGCUCCGGGACAGACCUGACCUCCAGAAGCUGACCGACAGACUGAAGAAUCUGGGGGCUGACCACGUUGUCACAGAAGAGGGACUAAGAAAGCCUGAGAUGAAAAGCUUUUUUAAGGACGUGCCCCAGCCACGGCUUGCUCUCAACUGUGUCGGCGGGAAAAGCUCCACGGAGCUGCUGCGGCAUUUGGCGCCUGGAGGAACCAUGGUGACCUAUGGGGGAAUGGCCAAGCAGCCUGUCAUCGCCUCCGCGAGCCAGCUUAUUUUUAAGGAUCUCAAACUUCGGGGCUUUUGGUUAUCCCAGUGGAAGAAGGACCACAGUCCAGACCAGUUCAAGGAGCUGAUCCUCACGCUCUGCGAUCUCAUCCGCCGAGGCCAACUCACAGCCCCCGCCUGCUCCGAGGUCCCGCUGCAGGACUACCUGUGUGCCCUAGAAGUGUCCACGCAGCCCUUCGUGUCUUCAAAGCAGAUUCUCACCAUGUGACGUGAUAACCCCAGAGCCAAGCAGGAGGGGAGAUGGAUCAGCAGGACUGGUUCGGGCCCUCCCCCCACCCCCCAGUUGGGCCUCCACCGUCCACAGGCUGCACCUCUCCCCACUGUCCCUUCUGACUCAGAGAAUUGGGGGGCCAGCCUCAAGGUAUUGAAUAAAGUCUGAACUUCCUAGGAGGAAAAAAAAACCAC